UUGGCUUCAUGCUACGCCAGCGCGAUCUAGUUCUUCCUCACGCGUGCGCGCAGAGGCCAGCGGGACCUAGGGCACCGGCGAGGAUGAGCACCAGCAGCGAUGCCGUCAAAGCCCAGGCAUUGGAGCUCCUGGCAAGCGCCGAGCGCCUCCCCCGCCUCGUUGUCUUCGAUCUCGACUACACACUGUGGCCCUUCUGGUGCGAAUGCAUGUCAAAGCGAGAUAAUCCGCGGCUCUAUCCCCAGGUGACCGGGAUUCUCAGCGCGCUCCAGGAGAAGGGCGUCGCCAUGGCUGUGGCGUCGAGAACUCCCACACCCGACAUUGCCACCGCCUUUCUAUCCAAGCUCAACCUCGCUACUCUCUUCUUCCCCAAGGAAAUCUACCCGAGCUGGAGCCACAAGACCGAGCACUUCCAAAAGAUCCAUCAAAAGUCCAGCACGCCUUUCAAGGACAUGCUCUUCUUCGAUGACGAGCAACGCAACAUAAAAGCAGUUUCACAAAUGGGCGUCACAAGCAUUCUUGUGGACGAGGGCGUCAACCUGGAAGCUCUCCGGCAGGGGCUCAAGGAUUACACCAAGAAAUAGCUCAUCGAUUCGAUUGAAAGAAGCAAACUAAGAGGAGUGUGUCACUCUUCUAAACAGUGGAAUGCAAAACAACACCACCACUUCAUACUUUUUGUACACUACCACACAUUCGCUUGUGUGACAGCCCAUUCUUUCUUUUUCGUCUUCAUCGCUCAACGACUCAGCCUCUCUCAUUUCUUUC